CCCGGGUAAAAUUAAAAGAAAAGCAAUCAAAUUUUAUUAUAGUACGUAUAAUUGAAACCAAAAAACGGUCAUGUAAAUUCACAAAUUUCUAUAUUAUGUAGAUACUCUUAAAAUUGUUUAAUGUUAAUGUAAUCAACUGCAAAACUAAACGUGCGUAAUUCAAAUACGUAAGUCUCAGGACACACUAGAUUGCUUGUGCUUCCAAUUUUAUCAACGCAAUAGAAUGUUUUAGAAGGUUUGCUAUGAUUCCACUAGAUGGCGUUGCUAUCAAUAUAAGGCGCUUAUCCAAAUUUUUAAAGGUAUCGAUACUUGCCAAAAAGUACUCAUUUAGUUGAAGUAUCGAAAACCAAGUAUCGAGUACAAAAGUAUCGGUAUCGAAAGGAAAAGUACUCGAUACCACAAAGUAUCGAUACUUUUUUAGUGUCCCUAUGUCAAAGUUGUCAAACAAACAAAUGUCAACGUCAACUUUAAAAAAUUGCGUUCUAAUGCUGAAUGACGAAUACAUUUUGCAAUAUUAUAAAGAAAGAGGAUUUAUAAGUGUUAACAAAUACAGGUUGACGUCAGAAUCAAACUAAAGUCCUCGAAGAUUUAGUUCAGUGCUGAAUUCUUAAACCACAAUGGAAUUCCCACACAUUGGAAAAAACUGUUCUUACAAAUCCUGUAACAAGCUUGAUUUCCUGCCUUUAAAGUGUGGAGCAUGCAAAGAAGUUUUUUGUGCGGAUCACUUCGCGUACGUGCAGCACGAGUGCCCGGCGCCUCAAUCGCGCGACGUGCAGGUGGCAUCGUGCCCCCUGUGCGGGGCUCCGGUGCCGGGGCGGCGCGGGGAGCCCCCCGACGUAGCGGUGGGCGCGCACAUCGACAACCAAUGCACCUCCGACCCGGCAACUGAGAGGAGGAACAAGGUGUUCACGAACCGGUGUUCUUACAAAGGCUGCAAGACGAAAGAGAUGGUGCCGCUCAUUUGUAGCGAGUGCGCACUCAACUAUUGCCUGCGACACCGGCAUGCGACGGACCACGCGUGCGAGGGGAAACUGGCUGCCAAGAGACGACAAGCUGCUAAUGCGGCUAUGGCUAGAUUGAAAGCGGCAGAAAAUAAAAUGUCACCUCCUGUGACAGUUUCAACGUUUAGUGCGGUACAAGGAAAUAUGACGGAAGACGAAGCGUUGGCGCAUGCGCUAUCGCUUUCAUUGCAGGAACAGAACGCGAGUAGCAACGCGCACGCGCGCGACAAUGCGUUGGCGCGUGCGCUCGCGCGGCAACGCGUCGGCGGCGAACAAAACUCGCGGUGUACUCUCUCAUAGCGAAGCAAACGCGACGCGAUUGCAACUCUAAAAUCUAGUGCGAAAAUUGUACAACGAAUUAUCAUGGUUUUAGGCCCGUAUUAUAGACAGAUUCUCAGUGAUUGAUCUAGUCUGUAGCACAUAGCGACAUCCCUUUCUAACUGUACUCAAGUAAAGAUCAACACUUAGUUGUUAUUCUAUAAUACGGGCCUUAGACUUGGAGGCCUACAGCCUAUCAGGAUUACGCUGGCUACUGCUAUAGCUUAUGAUUUCAUUUUGUUAAUUUUGACCGCCGAAGGUUUUCAUAUACCUUGCGCACUUUUGGCAUUGGUAAUCACACUAAUAUUAUAAAGGCGAAAGUUUGUGAGUGUGUAUGUUUGUUGCUUCUUCACGUCUAAACGGCUGGAGCUAUUUUGGUAUGGAGUUAGCUGACAACCUGGACUAACACGUAGGCUACGUUUUACUGCGGGAAAACAUCCCUAAUAAACCGCGGGUAACACCACGGGGCACAGCUAGUAACAAUAUAAAAUAAAAUGAGCAUGAAGUUUUUGGGAGCCUUGGGCGGUCAGAAAUGACAAAAUGACCUCAUAAGCUAUAGCAAUAGCCAAAGCAAUCGCGAUGUGCGGUCGGCUACCUAGGCAUGAUUAUUUCAACUUAAAACUAAACAACUGUUGAUAAUGCGACGAUUCUGAAAUCACCACAAUAUAUGAAAAAGAAUUAGUAAGAUGCAUAUUAUCCGUUAUUUUCUUGGAAGACCUUCAACGAAUCUUUUGCGUUCUCAACUUUCAUUGCAUCCUUAUGAAUUUAUAAGUAAAAUUGAUAUUGAAAUUGGCACAUUAACAUUGCACAAACUAAAUAUUUCAAACUUCAUUUGUAGUGAGUUAUGUGAUACUACAGUUACUGUCAUAACAUUACCCAAUAAUUAAACUCUAAGUACAGUUAUAAUAAAUGAAUAAGCUGGUAAAAAAAUUGACGCAAAGCAUUAACUGUUUAAAGAUCACAAGGGCUGAUACCAUAUCAUAAAAAACUUUAGCAGUGUAACUUUGUAAAUUUGACAUUCCUUAAAGAGCAAAGAACAAGGUUUAUCCUUGUUAUGAUCUAAAGGGAUGAAUAAUAAGGUUUAUCCUUAUGCUCUAUAUGGAAUGAAAAGGAUGAAGAAUGCUAGCUAGCAGAUUUGAUUUGAAAGAGUGUAAAUUAUUUGAAUUGGUAACAAACGACAUAAUAUUUAUAUGGAAAUGUCGCUCAUAAAAAGCUGAGAAGUUUCAUUCGCCUGUUCUUCUUGUCUGCUUAAACAUACCCUGAACAGGUAGGCAGGAAUAAAAUCUUUUAAUAAAUCAACUUGAAUGAAGUUUAUUUUCAUUUAAUGUGUAUUCGCGGAUCUGGAGCUCAGCGACCCGUUUUUAUCCUUGUCAAGUUUAGUUUUAGGUUUGAAAAAUCAUGUCGGAAUAAAGCGGAAUAUACCGCCAGGGGGCCAAUCGUCAACGGGAUUGAUAUGGCUAUCGCUUACGUAUUCAUUUUGUUAUUUCUGACCGCCGAAGGUUUUCAAAUGCCUCUGAAAUAAGUAUGUAAUUAAAAAACCCAUAAAAAACGCUCACAGCAGCACUCUGAAUCAUAAAAUUAAUUUAAUACAUAUGUUGUCUGUAUUGCCGACGUCCGUGGUCGAGUGGUUUGCACGCCGGGUUUCAUGGAGUCGCCAACUCGAGAGGUCCCGGCUUCGAAUCCCGGUGGAGGCAGAUGUUUGUGUGAUGAAUACGAGCAUUUGUACUCCAGUCAUGGAUGUUUAAUAUGUAUUUCUAUAUAAAUAUAUAGAAAUUCUUAUUAGUAUAAUUAUGUACUGUAUAUGUAUUCUAUCCGUUACCCUAGUAUCCCAUAACACAAGCCUUACAGUGCUUACUUUGGGGCUAGGCUAAUUGGUGUGAGUGUUGGAAAUAUUUAUUUAUUGCUAUCGCAAGCAAAGUAAGUGACCGCAUCAACUUAAGUCAACAAAAGGAAAAAAAUAGAUUUAAACAUCUAGCAGUUAAGUGCCGAAAAAAAUUAAUCUUCUUUUAAAUGUUUAAUACUUGUAAAGGUAUUCAUUUGACAUUGUGGGUUGUGACCGCAAAAUAAUACUAGUAAAUUAUUCUUUACAUUUAAACAUUUAGCAGUUAAAUGCUUAAAAAUUUACUCAAACUUAAACGUUAAUCGAUUCUUAGAGUGCGGCUGAUAGGGCCACUUACAUCGACUUUAUUAAUUGAAAUAUAAGCUUAUUCCAGUUUUAUCUUCAUCCUUGUCGACUAUUUGAAUUCAUUCAACAUCAUUUUGUUUUUAACUUCAGGCCCACUUGCUUAGUAAUGUUUUUCUGUUAAAACUCAAAUCACCAUAUUGAAUUAGUUAAGACACUGGCAUGAUUAUUUAGCAUCAGUCUCUCCUUUCCAUUCUGUAUAGACAAUGACAAGGAUACAUUGUUGUCAAAUUUAAUUUUAGAUUUAGACAAUCAUGCCAGAAUCGAUACCAAUGUUUUGUUCACAUCACGUAAGUGACAUUUAUUAUUCGACUAGCGGCCGCCCGCGACAGCGUCCUCGUUAACUUAAGUUUUUGAAAAUCCCUCAGGAACCAAAACAAAUCGGGAUAAAAAGUAUCCUAUGUCUUAAUCCACUUAAUAAACUAUAUGUGUGACAAAUUUCAUCCAAAUCCGUCCAGCGGUUUAGACGUAAGGAAGUAACAAACAUACACACUCACAAACUUUCGCCUUUAUAUUAUUAGUGUGAUUAGUGUGAUGAACAGUAACAAAACAUUGUCUACUAUUCCAAGCUUAUAUUGUGCGUAGGCAAUUUUGCACCUUAUGUUCAACGUAUAAAAGCUCACUUCAACUUGUGCUUUGUUUAUGAAAACUUUGAUUGUGAUGCCCAAAAUUUGUCUACAGCUAGUACAAAAUAUCAUUGAAUAAUAAUUAAUCAAUUGAGGAGCUGGCGAACAAAACGUUAUGAUUACACAUCUGGUCAAAAUACUUUUUUUUUACAGUCCGGAGGUUUUAGGCUUUCUGAAUUUGAAUCUUAAUUUAUUUUCAAUCAAAACCGCCUUAAAUUGUGUUAAAAUUAAUUAAAAACCAUCCACCCAACAGCUCACUGUAGGUGUGUCAUUUAGUUUUUUACUACUCCUGAAAAUUAAUUUUAUGUAAUUACUAGCUGACCCAGCGAACUUCAUACCGCCAUAAAAAUAGGGGUAGGUGGUAGAAGAGAAAAUUUAGAACUGUACGUAUUUUUAAAUACCACAUUAUAAAAAAAAAUAUAUAUUGUCCAAAUGAAAUUUUAGGGGUGUGUAACGUAGUGUUCUAUCAAUUACCUGGGAUAACAUUCCUCCUAACCCAUAUGAGAACACUACGUUACAAUACCCAAUAGUUUGAAUUUUGGCGCGAAGAAGGCGCAUUGUAGGUUUCAGAACACUACUUUACAGGUGGACAACCAUUAUCACUUCAGUAUAUGAAAAAUAGAUAGUAGCCGAUUCUCAGACCCACGGAAUAUGCAUAUAAAAAUUCAUAAAAUUGGCCAGGCCGUUUCGGAGGAGUAUGGUAACUAACAUUAUGACACGAGAAUUUUAUUUAAAAGAUACCGUUUUGUUCGUCAGCUCGUCAAUUAUAAUGUUAAGUUUUUAUCAAUCGUAUAAGAUCCAAUUUCAGAUUUAUUGAUUUGAUUUGUAGUUAGAAUUAGUUAAUUUAUAGUGUACCUUAUUUAAGUAUUGUACAAUGUUUUAUUGAAUGUUUGUGAAAUUAUCCUAAACGUAAUUUACAUAAGAGUUGAAGAUUACAUUGAGAAAAUUUACACUCUGUAGUAACUUUAUUUGCUGUCGGCUGUCAAAGCUACGCUGAUCGUUGGUCUUUAUUACGUAUUACAUUUUUAAAUAUACUCGUACUCAAAAUGUGUUCACAUAUUUUGCUUUUGUUCACCCGAGGCCCAAACACGAAUUUUGACACCUCCGUAAUCAUAACGCAUCGUCAAACUUUCUAUGAAAACUUAACAGCGCCCCUACCGGACGUAAGAGGAAACUGGCUCCAUCCAUACCAAACUAGAUUGCUCAAAUUGGCCCAAAUGUACAAAAAAUAUUGACAUACACGGUAAUUCUUGGCGUAAUUUAUACUUUAUUUUACAGUCAUUAGAUUUUAACGGACACCUUUGUAUAAUGUAUUCAUUUUAUAAAAGUACUUUUAAUUUUACCGGUUUGGAAAACAUACGACUAAUUUUUAAUGGCUAUGGGUGUAGUAACAUUCAGCCAAAGACUGAUCGAAAUUGUUUAUAAUUUUUUAUUACACUGUGGUAUUAAUAUCCACAACUAUAUUAUCAUUUUCACUAUAUGCAAAUGUGCUAAGACUAAUAUAAAUGAUAAGCGAUAUCAUAGUCUAUUGCCAUACAUUUUUCGCCAAACACCUCCAUAAACACAUUAUAAGGUGUGAUACACUAAAAAUCUAACAUACGGUUAUAGUAUAAACAUAACAAAAAUAAUGAAGCUACUGAAGAUAUGGCUGUAUAACCUAAAUCUCUUAGUUUUCUUUGGUUAAUGAGAGUUUAAAAAUUAUCUGCAAUCAUCACACAGUUUCUGUCACAAAGUACCUUAUUAUAACCGGAAAUGCAUAGAUGAUUGAUACCUGAUUUUAAAAGUUACUCUUGUGCAUUAAAUUUAAAAACAGGCAACUAUCUGUUAAUCUAUAUGCUCCAUAUACCUGAAUCUUAUACAUAAUUUCGGUACUUGGCUUGAUUUACCUAGUUUACUAUAUAUCUUAUUUGUUUUUUAUUAUUUUAAUACCUAUUUAGUUACCUAUUUGCAAACAUAACCUCAAAAUCAUUCAGUGUAUAUGGUUUAUAGAAGUUCUCAGGGGUGUCCGUCAAUAAAAUUCAUUUCUACAGUAAUUUAUAUAUAAUUUCGAAUCUAGGAAACCUUUUUACAUGAUUAUUGGUCUUUAGGCCAAACAUGUAUGGAAGCUGAGCAAUCUCCUUUGACGAAGACGAUCACGGAUUUAUCAAAGUUUGUGCUCGGUCCUCUUGUAUGAAGGUUGUCGACCAAUUUAUCGCUAUUGGAGUGUUUAUAUGUAAUUUUAAAAAUAUUUCUUCGAGAUGUGAAAAAUUAUUAUAUAAUGUAUAAUUCAUAUUGAAGUUUGUCUUUGUGGAAUUGGAAGGCGUUGUUUUUAAUUGAACCCGAAUACGCGAUAUUUGGUAAGUCGUUCAUCCGAACUUUAUUUAUAAAUACAGAUCUAAUUAUAUAUCACAACAAUUUUGCUACAUUUAUAAGCUUUUAAUUCGUACAUUCGCGUUUAAUAAGAACGACACCAAAGUGUGAUAAUAAUAAUCAUUACUGUUGAUUUGUAUGUGUUUGUUCUGUUAUUUCUCUAACUGUAUGUUUCACAGCACAAAUAAGUAUUUAUUGACAUUAAAACUAAAGCUGCCUCGAUUUCGUUAAUUACAUAUUGACAUUGUGAACUGUUUGAAACAACAGCUUGCUCUUGAACUACUUACAUUCCCUAUAUUAAGAUAAUGCGAUAUGAAAGACAUUUGAAGUGUAAAAAAGCAAUAAUAAGCAUGGAACUUAUCAUAACUGCUUCUCAUUGACAAGAUAAGGCUGCUAUUAAUAUAGAAAAAAACUGGAAGAAUAUAUCAGUACUUAAUGUUUAUUAUAAUAAGAUUCGAAUUUAAAGAGAUUGUGAAAUAAUUACUGCAAGUUUUUAUAUACAAAUCACGGCUUGACGCUGCCAUUCACUUGAAUGUUAUCAAUAUGUAUUUGAACUAUUAACUAUGUGUAUAAAAAUGUAAAUGAAUAAUUGAAUAUUUUUGAGAUAAUUAUAAAUGUUAUGAAUCUUAAUUGACUUUCGUUUCAUUUGAAAUGACCUUAUUUACACAUUGACGGAUGAACAAUUAAAAAGAUUACAUUAUGAGAAGUAAUGCGGAAGUAAGGCGGGCAAUUUUUUUUCAUACAAAGGUUCUCGACUGAUUCUUUGAUUUUUAGCACAAUUUACUCAUUCUAUGCUCCUAUGUCUUCCUUUCUUCGAUUACUUGCCUAUCAAAGCAACUAAAAGCCCUGAAAAUGCCAAAAUUAAACAAAUUUUUAGGUGUCCGUGAUGCUAGCGUACCCACGAUCAAUAUACGGUUUUUCGUUAUGCCAUUAAAUACUGCGUAAAUAGUACCAAAUUAGUGUAAAAAUAAAAAAAAUAGUGCCUCUUUAAUUUAAGAAAUAAAGACCAUUUUUACUGUUUACGCUACCAUGACGUCAAGCUAGCGUACCCAUGGCCGACCCCAAGAACGGCAUAUAUUUAAGCAACAAAAUUGACACACAAAAAUAGUUCGCAAAUAGUGCCCUGGCUUUACAAAAUUUCAUAAUCAAUACUCUUAUAGGACCAAAGAUAUUGAACUAAACAUUCUUAGCUGGCGUCAACCUGACGUACCCAUAAUAGUUCUCAUAGAAAAUGAACUUUUCUCGUUAUCAAUUCUAUAUGUAUAAAUAGUGUGUCAAAUAGUGCCUCUUACAGUAAAAGUAUUUUAUGUUAAUUCGCAGUAAAACAAUAUAAAAAAGGAAUUAAAUUAUUUUAAUAUAUGAAGUACAUUCAUGUACAGAAGUGAUAAUAUUUUCGUAGUAUAGUAGGUAAGUAAGGUACUUAGUAGGUAGGUAGGUUGAAAUUCUUAUAUAAAUUUAUGAUUGGUGAAUUCGAAUUGAAAUAUAAU